UUAAAACAGGAAGUAGGUUCAGUUCACUCAGAGAGGAAGAGGCGAAGCAAGAGGGGUAACUUAGCCCAAAAUCUGUCUACUCCGGCAUGUGGCGUUUUUCCGCUCACCAAGCGAUUAGUUUUUGUAUGGAGGUCAAAUGAGAGUGUCGAAUUUGGUUAACAAAAAGUUGAAUGGUUUAUUUGCUACAUGUGGCUUAUUUGCUAUAAUCGAAGUUUUGUAAUGCGCCGUUUGUUAGGCGUGUACUGAUAUACGUAAGCCGUGUGACAUUCCGGCAACUUUGAGAAAAAACACCUCAUAUCGGAGUUGUGGGUGUUGUUCACUCACGUUUAGCCCUCUCAUUGGCUAGAAUGGUCCCAAUUGAUCUUGCCUCCUCCGUCUGCCUUCCUUUUUUUUUGAAGACAUUUAUUUUCAUUGUUAGAGCGGCCACUAGAGUAUCGGGUCAAUAUAAUGGAUCAUUUUUUGGUUCACUCCAUAACUGUGUGGAUAAAUAUGUGGUUCUCUGGUAAUACAGUUACUAUGCAUCAAGAAAGUCUCCACUGACAUGUAGUCUCUACAAAACAAGAGGUCGUACUGGUGCUUUAGCUUGAUGAAACAGCCGGCUAUGUCUCGACAUAUCCAUAUAGAGGCGUCCGGCGAUGAUGCAGCACGAGUGCCACUUCUCACUAGCCACCUGGAGCUAGCUAGCCUCGACUCGGAUGAAGGUGAAGUUAUUUUUGAGAGGCGUAUUGGAGAUAAUGCAAAUGAUGUUCAGAGAAGUACACAAAGAAAACGAACAUAUGAGGAAGCUGUUGAGGAAGCAGGUUUUGGUUUGUUCCAUGGGCUCCUGUUGGUGGUGUGUGGAUGGGCCAAUGCCAGUGAUGCGGUGGAGAUCCUGUGUGUUUCCUUUCUGCUGCCCACGGCCCGCUGUGACCUCCAUCUCAGCUCCUCAGACAUGGGGUUACUGACGGCCAACAUUUUCCUCGGAAUGAUGAUAGGUGGGUACAUGUGGGGUUACCUGGCUGACCAGAGGGGGCGUCAGAAGGUCUUGGUGAUGUCCCUGACAGUGAACGGAGUGUUUGGAGCGCUGGCCAGCUUUGCCCCAAGGUUCUGGCUCUUCCUUCUACUACGGUUCAUCAGCGGUGUAGGGGUGGGAGGUUCAAUCCCGGUCAUCUUCUCCUACUUUUCAGAGUUUCAGCCCCGGCUGAAGAGGGGGGCAAUGAUAAGUGCUCUGGCCACCUUCUGGAUGGCAGGGAAUAUUCUGGCAGCAGGCCUGGCGUGGUUGGUCAUUCCCCGGACCUGGGUCCGCUUUUCUCUGGGUGGGCUGGACUUCCAGAGCUGGAGGCUGUUUGUGGUGCUGUGCUCUGUCCCCAGCCUCACAUCGGCACUCAUCUUCAGUCUGGCCAUGCCUGAGAGCCCCCGGUUCCUCAUGGAGGCUGGCCGUGAGAUAGAAGCCCUACGUGUCUUCUGCAGGAUGUUUGCAAUAAACCACAGAGGCAGCCUCAAGACCUUCUCGAUUUGUGGGCUGCAUAUCCCUUCUGAGAAGAAAGAGAGGGAGACUAGGAGAGGUGGAACACACACUCAGCGCUUUGUCAACCUCCUCAAACAGUGCCUGGCACCAAUAAGACAGCUGUUUGUUGGAGAGUUGGCCUCUAGAAGUGUAUGUCUGGUCAUCAUAUUCUACUGCAUCUCAUUUGGAUACUAUGGGCUGUGGAUGUGGUUCCCAGAGCUUUUCAAGAGAGCAGAGGAUGGAGGCUCACCCUGUGCCAAUGUGUCUCGCUUACAAAGCCAUGACAACCAAAGCUGCUACCCAGUCAAAACGGCAGUAUACAUGGAGGGCUUUGUCACUGCAGCCUCAAACCUACCAGGGAACAUCUUCACUGUUCUCCUAAUGGAUGUCAUUGGAGGAAAGGCCCUGCUUUGUUGCAGCCUAUUGUUGUCCAGUGUGAGUGUGUUCCUCAUCUACGAGGUGAAGACGAAAGCACAGAGUCUGCUCAUCUCCUGUGUUUUUAGUGGAGUGUCUGUGGUGGCCUGGAAUUCCUUGGACGUGUUGGGCACUGAGCUCUACCCCACCCAGCUACGGUCCUCCGCUCUGGGCUUCUUCACAGGAAUAGGCAGAGUGGCAGCCAUCAUGGGUAACAUAGUCUUUGGCCAGCUGGUGGACACCAACUGUGCGAUACCAGUUCUACUUGUGUCUGCUUUGCUGCUGACAGGGGGGAUCACUGCCUUGCGCCUUCCACGCACUAAACAGGCAGAGCUCACCUGAGGCCUCUGUGAAAUGAAGUCCAGAAGACACACUUUUUCCCCCUGUUCAUAGUCCUCGCCAAGGGUUAUUCCCUGAAUCUAGUCUACCUAGAGAUGCCUUUUUCCUAUCAUGACCAAAGAUUGACGUAGAAAAGAUUUUAUAAAACGGACGUUGUGAAAUGCUGGAUUGCACAAGUGCACUUUGAGAAACCAUGUACCUUAAUGGUUUCUCAAUGAUUAACAAGUCAUUGACCAGAGAUAAUACAGUGAUCCUCAAAAGUAUGGGGACAGUGACACAUUUUUUCGUUGUGUAUUAAAAGUAGUUAAAAGUUGAGUAUUUGAUCACAUAUUCCUAGCAUGCAACAACUACAUCAAGCUUCUGAAUCUACAAAGUUGUUGGAUGCAUUUGCUGUUUUGGUGGUUUCAUUUCUAUUGGUCACAAAAUAAUCAAUGGUAAAUAAUGUAUUGUCAUUUUGGAUUAACUUUUAUUGUGAAUAAGAAUAGAAUAUGUUUCUAAACACUUCUACAUUAAUGUGAAUUAGUGUUGCAUGGUAUACCGGUAACACAGUAAUAUCACGGUACCAAAACAUCAUGAUACCAACAUUUAUAGAUUAUCAUUUCAUAUAAUGCUAUCACAUUUUUCAGUCCUACCAAUCUAAGGCACUGGCACCUUUUAUAAAAUGUGUAUCAAGUCAGUUUUGUUUAUAAAUUCUGUAAAAAAAUAAAUAAAUGCAACUAGUCUCUUGUAUGCGCUGGUCCAAUAAUGUCCACUUAACUUUCAUGCCAUAUCACAUGUAGUAGCUUUAAUCUGCCAGCCCAUCCCAUUCCAGCCAUCACUCACCGGUUUCAAAGAUUUUACUGAGUUACAGUUCAUAAAAGGAAAUCAGUCAAUUGAAAAAUGAAUUGGGCCCUAAUCUAUGGAUUUCACAUGACUGGGAAUACAGAUAUACAUCGAUU